UCUUCUCUUUUGAAAAACACAAACUCAAUCCGUAGCUAAGAACAUAUUGUCCUAGCGUUAGCGACUGCAUGUAUCUCGCUACUGAUACUCCCAAGAUUGAAGAGGACAAACCAGAGACAAGAAGGAUCGUAGAGAUGAUGGCGUUGAAACUUCACGAAAUAGGAAAGCAAUUGCCAAGUAGCGAAGAUGUUCAAAACGAAGCGGAGAAAUCACUACAGCAAAGCAACAGACAACGGACAACAAGAAACGCAGAGUUGCUAUUAAGAUGCGGCAAAGGGAAGCAAUUCGACCUUGUAAAUUUUCAAAAGGCACCAGAAAAGUCACUGAAGCAAAGCACAGGGGAAAGAGUCAGUGAUGGAGACUCGGUUCACGAGAAGCCAAAACCAUCAAACAGAGAUGAAGGAGCAAUUGAGUUGAAAUUGAAAGCCACUAAGAGGAAGCUGCAUGAACGAUAUGAGCAAGCCCAGAAUGCUCGGAAGAAGAUCCAAGUGGUGGAGUUCAUAGAUCUUCCCCAAAAAGCAACUUCCUGUGCUAAGACUCAUAGGGCCAAAGAGCAUAUGAGGAUCCAGAGAGCAUACAUGGGAUGUUUCAAGCGAUAAAAGCUAUAUUGUCACGGACUUGCAUAGAUUGAUGUACUGAAUUGGAUUUUUAAUGUAUGUAACUACAAGAACUACAUGUGGCUUGAUCCCGUAUUUUGGGUACGUAGGCAGCCUUGAAUCAGGUUCAGCUCGUGUUGUUAAUAAAACCAUUAUUUCUUUUGUUU